CGUGCGGACGUGCAGCAGCGUGAACUAUUUACAGAGUCAUCUGAUUAGGUAAGAACAUAAUGUACCUUUUCGUAACAGCACACAUUUACACGAAUAUGUCAGGAACUUAAAGCAGAUCAUCGUGUUGUAAUGGUGUAUGUUGACAUUGAAAUGUAAUUUUGAAAAAUAAGAAAUUGUCAUCUCAAACUUACGUCAGUGUCGCGAACGAGAAGUGAGAGUGCAGCCGAUCAAAACAAACAAGACUGGGCUUGUGUCAGCUCUUUAGCUACCUAGCUAAUUAGCGUAGCUAGGCUAUCUGUCAUUGUCAGUUGUCAACAACACUUGCUAGCUGUAUCAUCGUGUUUUUGUCCCUUUUAGCUUGCUAGAUAGUAAAAAAAAAAAACAUAGCAGUAAGCAACAAUAUGAAGCAAUCGCUCAGGCAACACAUAGUAUAUAACCGUACAAGCUAACUUGCAAUAUCAAGUUCCAGUUAGAUCAAUUCAAUUAUAUUUCCUCCUGUCCGCUGUAUUCUAUCUGUCUGUGCUGCAUGGUUUAUCAGCUGACCUGUUAUGUAAUGUCACACAAGUAGUAUUCAUCCUUGUCGUCUUUCCACAUCUUCAGGUCUAAAACUACAGAUAGAAGGCCACCAGGAUGACUAGUGUACGUACUAAACAUUUACAUAAUAUAAUAGACAGUAAUGUAAUGGUACUGUGGUAUACUAGUAAUACGGUAGUUUGGGUGCUGUUCCUCUAAUUGAUUGAUUGGUUGAUUGAUUUGAUGAAUACCUGUAGGUGCUGUGUGGGCGAGCCCGGCUGGUGAUAUCCCAGUCGUCAGGGCGUCAGGCCCUAGCUGCACUCAGGGUGGGUUGGAUACGAACCUUCUCAGCUGCUGGUUCUGAUGAGCCUUAUUUUGUCGUGUCACGGGGGGACUCAGACUCAGGUAGGCUAUGCUAUAGCAACCACAACACAGGUAACACUGGUUCAUUUGUUAUUUUUACACUAACUGUGACCAUAUUUUGGUAUUUUGGCCUGUGCGUUUUUGAGUUAGAAUUGUAUGAGAAAAUGAUCUCACACUUUACAUAAAUAUAGCUACUGUUAGGCAGAAAAUACAUUGUCAAAUUUAACAUUGCUGUACUACACCUCUCUCUCUCCCUACCAGGCCCUAGGACAGUGUGGCCUGAUGAGAACAUGGGACCAUUCGGCCCCCAGGACCAGCGGUUCCAGUUGCCAGGUAACUCAGGCUUUGACUUUCACCUGGAAGGCAUGGCAGACCAGAGGUUUAAAGGCCCAGUCCACAGGACGGUACCUGACGUUCUGACUGUUGCUACUAGCAACGAGAGACAUGAGUUUGUACUGACCCAGUUUGUUGGCGAGUUUCAGGUAAAUACGUCACUCACAAUAACUCUUUAACUAAAGACGUGCCCUUAUUCAAUUGUAAAUAAACAUGGACAUAUUCUUAAACAUUUGAAACAUUUAAAAAAUAUAUUUAUAUAUUUAAUAAAAACAUUUAUUUUAUGUUUCAUACUAGUACAGUUAGUUAUAUGAUGAGUACUUACAGAUAGGUGUUUUUUCUUUGUAGGGCAAAAGUGGUCACAUGUUAUCGAGGAGCAUCCGCAAGGCAGAGCACUACUUUGAUCACCCCAAUGUGGACUGUUCUAUACAGACCUGUCCUGAGCUGCUGAAGAAAGGUAUAGUUUUUUAUUAGGAAUGUGUAGUCAUACUUAUCAUAACAAUAACUAUACAUAUUAUUUUAUCAACCGCAAUCCACACACAUCAGAUGGCUGUAUGCAAUAUAAAGUAUGUCCACUAGGGGGAAGUGACUUCAUUGGUGAUGUCACUAACUUUGUCCAAGAGGGUGAUAGCAGACUUUUCUGUAGGCCUAUUGGUUGGCUAGCAGUUGACUGUAACAACUUUCUCUUUAUAUCUGUUAGAGUUGGAAUCCUAUUUCCCAACGGCCCCAGACAGCGCCAUCACUGUUGUCACGGUGAAACACACGAGAUGUGAGGUGAUCGACAAAGACCGAGAACAGCUACUUCAUAAAGUGAGUUAGAACUCCCAAGUCCACUGGUUGUUUCCCAUUGAUAUGGAUUCAGUGAAACUGAUUGCAGUAAGUUAUUCUGGCAUAACUUUUUGGAGUUGUAGGCCUGCGUACUUAUUGAAGGUCUUACUCUGUACCUCCCCUUUAUUGGGGAACUGUUUUCUUGUCAGUUAGUUUGAAUACUGACAGAUACUGGAUGUUUUCUGUUAUUUCAGUUAGUUUGAAUACUGACAGAUACUGGAUGUUUUUCAGUUACAGUGGGGAAAAAAAGUAUUUAGUCAGCCACCAAUUGUGCAAGUUCUCCCACUUAAAAAGAUGAGAGAGGCCUGUAAUUUUCAUCAUAGGUACACGUCAACUAUGACAGACAAAAUGAGAAAUAAAAUUCCAGAAAAUCACAUUGUAGAAUUUUUAGUGAAUUUAUUUGCAAAUUAUGGUGGAAAAUAAGUAUUUGGUCAAUAACAAAAGUUUCUCAAUACUUUGUUAUAUACCCUUUGUUGGCAAUGACACAGGUCAAACGUCUUCACAAGGUUUUCACACACUGUUGCUGGUAUUUUGGCCCAUUCCUCCAUGCAGAUCUCCUCUAGAGCAGUGAUGUUUUGGGGCUGUCGCUGGGCAACACAGACUUUCAACUCCCUCCAAAGAUUUUCUAUGGGGUUGAGAUCUGGAGACUGGCUAGGCCACUCCAGGACCUUGAAAUGCUUCUUAUGAAGCCACUCCUUCGUUGCCCGGGCGGUGUGUUUGGGAUCAUUGUCAUGCUGAAAGACCCAGCCACGUUUCAUCUUCAAUGCCCUUGCUGAUGGAAGGAGGUUUUCACUCAAAAUCUCACGAUACAUGGCCCCAUUCAUUCUUUCCUUUACACGGAUCAGUCGUCCUGGUCCCUUUGCAGAAAAACAGCCCCAAAGCAUGAUGUUUCCACCCCCAUGCUUCACAGUAGGUAUGGUGUUCUUUGGAUGUAACUCAGCAUUCUUUGUCCUCCAAACACGACGAGUUGAGUUUUUACCAAAAAGUUCUAUUUUGGUUUCAUCUGACCAUAUGACAUUCUCCCAAUCCUCUUCUGGAUCAUCCAAAUGCACUCUAGCAAACUUCAGACGGGCCUGGACAUGUACUGGCUUAAGCAGGGGGACACGUCUGGCACUGCAGGAUUUGAGUCCCUGGCGGCAUAGUGUGUUACUUUGGUCCCAGCUCUCUGCAGGUCAUCAAUUUUGACCCCACGGGGGGAGAUCUUGCGUGGAGCCCCAGAUCGAGGGAGAUUAUCAGUGGUCUUGUAUGUCUUCCAUUUCCUAAUAAUUGCUCCCACGGUUGAUUUCUUCAAACCAAGCUGCUUACCUAUUGCAGAUUCAGUCUUCCCAGCCUGGUGCAGGUCUACAGUUUUGUUUCUGGUGUCCUUUGACAGCUCUUUGGUCUUGGCCAUAGUGGAGUUUGGAGUGUGACUGUUUGAGGUUGUGGACAGGUGUCUUUUAUACUGAUAACAAGUUCAAACAGGUGCCAUUAAUACAGGUAACGAGUGGAGGACAGAGGAGCCUCUUAAAUAAGAAGUUACAGGUCUGUGAGAGCCAGAAAUCUUGCUUGUUUGUAGGUGACCAAAUACUUAUUUUCCACCAUAAUUUGCAAAUAAAUUCAUAAAAAAUCCUACAAUGUGAUUUUCUGGAGAAAAAGAAUUCUCAUUUUGUCUGUCAUAGUUGACGUGUACCUAUGAUGAAAAUUACAGGCCUCUCUCAUCUUUUUAAGUGGGAGAACUUGCACAAUUGGUGGCUGACUAAAUACUUUUUUCCCCCACUGUAUAUCAGUUAGUUUGAGAACUGACAGAUACUGGAUGUUUCCAGUUAUAUCAGUUAGUUUGAGUACUGACAGAUACUGGAUGUUUUCCGUUAGUUUGAAUACUGACAGAUACUGAAUGUUUUCUGUUAUUUCAGUUAGUUUGAGUACUGACAGAUACUGGAUGUUUUCAGUUAUGUCAGUUAGUUUGAAUACUGACAUAUACUGGAUGUUUUCAGUUAUGUCAGUUAGUUUGAAUACUGACAGAUACUGGAUGUUUUCAGUUAUAUCAGUUUGAGUACUGACAGAUACUGGAUGUUUUUCAGUUAUUUUAGGUUGAAUACUGACAGAUACUGGAUGUUUUUCAGUUAUUUUAGUUAGGUUCAAUAUUGACAGAUACUGGAUGUUUUCAGUUACUUUAGUUAGAGUACUGACAGAUACUGGAUGUUUUCAGUUACUUUAGUUAGAGUACUGACAGAUACUGGAUGUUUUCUGUUAUUCCCCAGUUUGUUAGUGGUGCUAAGGAAAUGUGCUUUGCUCUGUGGACCGCUGGCUUCUGGGCUGACUUCAUUGACCCCUCAUCAGGAUCAGCUGUGAGUUGUUCUCCAAUCUGUUUUGUUUGUUGUUAAUUGUUUAUAUCACAAUAUCAAUAUAAUGUAUAAUACAUAUAUAAUGCAAUAUGCAUGUUCUGUUUACUGUACUUCAUCAAUCUGAGAUAUUUUCCAGGAGACGUAUGUAGUCGUCAAGGCAAUCCCAUCAUUUCCAUUCCUUUAUCUUGUCCCACAGUUCUUUGGAGCUCACUCCAACAACCCACUACUCAAAGAGGAGUGGAGGCAUCAAGGUUUCCAUAUCGAGGCCUCUGGAUCCUGCACAGUUAUCCGUCACGUCUUGAGGGGAACACCUACGUUUGUUGGAACUGUUUUUACUACCGCCCCUGCCAAUAGUCAUGUCAUGGAAAGACUUCAAGGACAUUCAAGUGCAUCUGAAGACGGGGGCUAGUUUUUUAAUAUUUAAUUAUCACAAUGUGAUGAUGAUGUAUCUCACUAUCCAAAAGACUGUUUGUGCACGGUCAUCUCUUUGUCCACUUUGGAUAGUUUGGGAGGAAAACCCUUACCCAUAAUGACGUUGUCUUCACCACACCAGCAUGGAGAGAAAGUUCUUAUGGUUUGUUGUCCAAAUGUUGUCUUCACACACAUGCCUAACUAUGUUAGCCUGGUCCCAGAUCUGU